AGGGAGGGAGGGAGGGUGGCGCGGCGGCGAAGCGGCCCGGGCCGGCCGAUCAGCCAUGGGCGCCGGGGUGCCGGGUCCCCCGAGAGCCAAGGCCCCCGGCCGGGGUGGGGGGCGCCUGGGCUGCCAGCCCCGCUGACACCGCCUCGGACGAUGUGAGCCGCUGCUUCGCGGGCAGGACGCGCGGUCCCACUGGCCCUGGCCGCCGCUUUUCCCAUUUGGGUGGGGGCGACCGUACCAGGCCGCUGGGGCUUUGCAAGAGGGGCUGGUUAUCUUUGGCAGCUUGACUGGGGGAGGCGACCCACACAGGGCGCUUGAUUUUUUUUAGAGCGGGGUUAACUGUUUCUGGCAGCUUGGUUUUGGGGGAAGCCUAAAAAAAGGCCUCUCGUUUUCUUUUUUUCGGGGGGGAGGGGACGGUGGUCCCGACUUGGCCAGCCGCCUGUUGGAGCGAGGGAGCGGGAAGCGAGGGGAUGCGAACCCGGCUCCCCCCACCAUGAUGAAGACGGAGCCGCGGGGGCCCGGGGGUCCCCUCCGGAGCGCCUCUCCGCACCGCAGCGCAUACGAGGCGGGCAUCCAGGCUCUGAAGCCGCCCGACGCGCCCGGGCCCGACGAGGCACCCAAGGCAGCCCACCACAAGAAAUAUGGCUCCAAUGUCCACCGCAUCAAAAGUAUGUUCCUGCAGAUGGGCACGACGGCCGGGCCGCCGGGUGAGGCGGGCGGCGGCGCGGGCUCCACCGAGGCCCCGCGGGCGCCAGAGCGCGGCGUGCGCCUGUCGCUGCCGCGGGCCAGCAGCCUGAACGAGAACGUGGACCAUAGCGCCCUGCUCAAGCUGGGCACCAGCGUGUCGGAGCGCGUGAGCCGCUUCGACUCUAAGCCCGCGCCCUCCGCGCAGGCAGCGCCGCCGCCGCAUCCGCCGUCCCGGCUGCAGGAGACGCGGAAGCUGUUCGAACGGAGCGUCCCGGCGGCCGCGGGCGGCGACAAGGAGGCCGCGGCGCGGCGGCUGCUGAGGCAGGAGCGCGCCGGCCUGCAGGACCGGAAGCUGGACGUCGUGGUGCGCUUCAACGGCAGCACAGAGGCUCUGGACAAGCUGGACGCCGACGCCGUGUCGCCGACGGUCAGCCAGCUCAGCGCAGUCUUUGAGAAGGCCGACUCGAGGACCGGCCUCCACCGUGGGCUCGGGCUCCCUAGGGCGGCGGCCGCAGGAGCUCCCCAGGUCAACUCGAAGCUGGUCAGUAAGAGAUCUCGGGUGUUCCAGCCGCCACCGUCCGCCCCGUCGGGGGAUGCCCCAACCGAGAAGGAGCGCGGCCCCGGAGGGCAGCAGCCCCCACAGCACCGAGUGGCCCCCGCCAGGCCGCCCCCUAAGCCCCGGGAGGUGCGCAAGAUUAAGCCGGUGGAGGUGGAGGAGAGUGGGGAGUCGGAGGCCGAGGCGGCACCUGGGGAGGUGAUCCAGGCGGAGGUGACGGUCCACGCGGCCCUGGAGAAUGGCAGCACCUUGGCAACCACAGCCGGCCCAGCGCCCGAGGAGCAGAAGGCGCAAGCGGCCCCGGAGGAGGAGGCGGCGGCGACCGUAGGGGCGCCUGAGAGAGGCUUAGGCAAUGGCCGGGCCCCGGACUUGGCCCCGGAGGAGGCCGAUGAGUCCAAGAAGGAGGACUUCUCAGAGGCAGACUUGGUGGACGUGAGCGCCUACAGUGGGCUGGGGGAGGACUCUGGGGGCAGUGCCCUGGAGGAGGACGACGAAGAAGACGAGGAGGAUGGGGAGCCCCCCUAUGAACCCGAGUCCGGGUGCGUGGAGAUUCCAGGGCUCUCGGAGGAAGAGGACCCGGCCCCGAGCAGGAAGAUCCAUUUUAGCACAGCGCCCAUUCAAGUAUUCAGCACCUACUCUAAUGAGGACUAUGAUCGUCGCAACGAGGAUGUGGAUCCCAUGGCAGCCUCUGCCGAGUACGAGCUGGAGAAGCGGGUGGAGAGGUUGGAGCUGUUCCCUGUGGAGCUGGAGAAGGACUCCGAGGGCCUGGGCAUCAGCAUCAUAGGCAUGGGGGCUGGCGCAGACAUGGGCCUGGAGAAGCUGGGCAUCUUCGUCAAGACCGUGACUGAGGGGGGUGCGGCCCACCGGGAUGGCAGGAUCCAGGUGAACGAUCUCCUGGUGGAGGUGGAUGGAACAAGCUUGGUGGGCGUAACCCAGAGCUUUGCAGCCUCCGUGCUCCGGAACACCAAGGGCCGUGUGAGGUUUAUGAUUGGCCGGGAGCGGCCAGGCGAGCAGAGCGAGGUGGCCCAACUAAUUCAGCAGACUCUGGAACAGGAGCGAUGGCAGCGGGAGAUGAUGGAGCAGAGAUACGCGCAAUACGGGGAGGAUGACGAGGAGACAGGAGAGUAUGCCACAGAUGAGGAUGAGGAGCUGAGCCCCACAUUUCCAGGCGGCGAGAUGGCCAUUGAGGUGUUCGAGCUAGCAGAGAACGAGGAUGCCUUGUCCCCUGUGGACAUGGAGCCCGAGAAGCUGGUGCACAAGUUCAAGGAGCUCCAGAUCAAGCAUGCAGUGACUGAGGCAGAGAUCCAGCAGCUGAAAAGAAAGCUGCAGAGCCUAGAGCAGGAGAAGGGGCGGUGGCGGGUGGAGAAGGCCCAGCUGGAGCAGAGCGUGGAGGAGAACAAGGAGCGCAUGGAGAAACUGGAGGGCUACUGGGGUGAGGCCCAGAGCCUGUGCCAGGCUGUGGAUGAGCACCUGCGGGAGACCCAGGCCCAGUACCAGGCCUUGGAGCGCAAGUACAGCAAGGCCAAGCGCCUCAUCAAGGACUACCAGCAGAAGGAGAUUGAGUUCCUGAAAAAGGAGACAGCACAGCGCCGGGUUCUGGAGGAGUCAGAGCUGGCUAGGAAGGAAGAGAUGGAUAAGCUCCUAGACAAGAUCUCAGAACUGGAAGGAAACCUGCAAACACUGAGGAAUUCCAAUUCUACUUAACAAGAAUCAUUCCUUGACUGGAAAAUAAUCCCCUCCCAUUGUCCUCCCUCCCCUGUCCUCAAUACUUCACCCCCACUCCCUACCAGCCUGGGGACAGGUGCCCCAAUUCCCCCACCCCUCCACCCUACUUCCCCAAGCUUCAGGGACCAGAGGGCCCAUUGCACAGGCUCCCUUAAAGAGGCCUGGGCAGAGAGAAGUAGCUGGAAGGAUGGCCUCCUUCUUGUCUCAUGGGUCUGAGUCACAGAGGCCAAGGGAGGCCAAGGGCUGGCCUGGGGUGGUAGGUGGACACAAGGACCUGCAGACCAAACUGCCAGACUUUACAGCCUCCAGCCUUUGUCUCUGGACUGGCAUGGGUGUGGGGGCUGUCCCAGCAUCUCACCACCUGGAGGCUGCUCCCUGCCCACGGGGCUUCUGGGUUGCCCCUGGGCUUCUUGACCCUUCCCCUUCUCCCAUCAUUGUGCUGUCUCUGUUGCAGUCUGACUCUCCUGCUGGGAGGGGUUGCCUCCACACCUCCUUCCAUCCUUGUCCCCCCUCCCAGGAGGGAGGAAUUGAGUCCACCCUAGAGCCUGGCCCUGCACUGAUUUCUCAUGUAUCCUUCAGGAAAAGGGGAGUGAGAGCAGGAAAGGGGGAAAGUCCAGAACACUUGGUCCCCAGCUCCCCUUUUCUGGGGGCAGCAGCCCUCAAUUCUCCUUGUGCCUCCUGGCCCCCAGGUGCCAAAUAGCCAUAACUUCCUCCUCCUAGAACUGUUCUGCAGCCUCUCUGGGGUCCAGGCUUCCUGGCCAAGCUUGGGACAGUGCCAGGGAGGAGAGGAGGUUAGCUUAGGGGGCCUGGCUGCAGAGCCCCUGGUCUUAGGCAAGGGUAACAUUUCUCCCUGGUGAGCCAGGCGCUGCCCUGCCCUGUCCUGUCCAGGGCCACACCUGGAAGCCUUGUACUAACAUCACAGAGAUUCAGCCUCACCCCACCCACACCCAGUUUUCCAAUGUUUUGACUGGAGGGCAAAUUUUACUACUCAUCUUUUUGGAGACCAGGGCUGCCUUGCUGGCAGCCUGCUUUCUAAGUGAAAUCAACUCCGUUUCCUCACUUUAACCCCAAAUUGGGGCUUGGACCAAGAGAUACUCCCCCAGGGCCCUUCCCUUUUCAGAAUCCAUCACUUAUUUUGCCCCUUCCUCAUGCCCCUGUUCCAGCCUGGGUUUUUCAUUUUUUAAAAAUAACCCCGUUCCAUCCGUUUUGGCUUUUCCUCGUUCCCUGUAAAUAGGCCAUGCCGUCGAUCAGUAUUUCUCGCCCCCGCCCCCUUCCUGCCCCCCGGACGUGCCCCUAACCCUGGAAAGAGCUGGCUGGCUGAGUCCGCGGGCCGGUGCGCUUCACCUCCGCCGUCCUGGCAGAUGGAGGGGGCGGGGCUGCGUGGAGCUUCCGGUUUUUCGGGCUGGCGGCAGCCCCUGCCCCGCCCUCCGUAGGACCGCGUCUCUGUAUAUAAUAUAUAUAUAUAUGUAUGUAUUGUUCCCGGUUUUGUACGGACCAUGCCCUCUGUCAGGUCGUCCCCAUAAAAGCAGCCCCAGA